AUGUGUUGCUUUUUUUUCUUAUUGUUUAAGGGAAAGAGUCAUGGAGAAGAGAGAGGGAGGAAUCAAAUCCAGAUCGUAAGAAAAGAGAGAAAACCUGCUCCCUUCGUACUCAAAAAAAUCAACCACUCACCUGCUACCAACAUCACUGAUAUCACCAUCUCAUAUCUAACCUUCUUAUCGUUCACCACCCUUCCGCCUUCCUUUGUUCAAGAUUAUAAUCACCACCUCUUCAUCUUAUAUCAUCCCCGCCAUCUUCAACAAGCUCAUCGAAAUUCCCUCUCUCUACAACACCCGCUGAAUCGCCAUCACCUUGCCUCCAUAUCUCCAUCACCGAUCCAAACAACCUCACAUCUUAACCGACAGAACUCAACAUCCGAAUACUCCCUCACUGUGAUUGCUUCACGGCCAGCUCCUGUCGCCAGCACGCUCCAAUACGCAGUUGUAUUCCCUUGGUCUGCUCGGAACUCAUGCGACUACUUUGAGGUAUUUGAGCAUUAUUGGAGCAAUGAGAAUAAAGUCCAUAAGGAUCUCUAA